ACAUUAAUUAUGAAAUUAAGGCAACUAAUCAAGAUUGAGGAAGAAUAAUCAGGAAACGAAGAUUAUCCUUGCGUAAGUACAGAACCCAUUUUUCAGAUCUCUCAGUACACCCAUUUCUUCUAUCGUUUUCUUCUUCCCCGACUGGCUGAUGUUCCAGUGAAAUGAACUUCUGUGGCAAUCAAUUUCUUUCUCUCAAGUUAUACACUGUAAAAGUGGUCAGAUAUACUGCUUCUGGCGCUUGUAUCUGAAAGAGAGAUAAAAAGUUUCAUGGAUUAGUUGUGUUUCCCAUGCUUAUUUAAUUCAGGAAACUCGUCCGAUAAUGAGUUUUGAACGUCGUUGAUUUGGAUCCCACAAACAGCUACUAUGGUUGGGAGGAGGAACUCUGGAAAGGCUUCCCCACUAUUUCUAGUUCUCUUGGCUCUUUCUUUCUGCUUUGUAACUUAUAAUUUGGUGACAGCUAUUAUUCAGUAUGGAUCAAUUGGAAGGGAAGUUGGUGAUAACUCGUAUGACCGAUUAUCGAAUGACCCUAUCAUUGAAAUGCCAGAGAAUGUGAGAAAAGGGAAGACAAAGGCACCUUUCCAUGUUGCUUUGACAGCGACCGACGCUCCUUAUAGUAAAUGGCAAUGUCGUAUUAUGUAUUACUGGUACAAGAAGAAGAAGAAUUUGCCUGAAUCUGAGAUGGGAGGGUUCACUCGUAUUUUACAUUCUGGACAACCUGAUAACCUAAUGGAUGAGAUUCCUACUAUGGUGGUGGAUCCACUUCCUGCUGGUGUGGACCGGGGCUACGUCGUCUUGAACAGACCGUGGGCCUUCGUGCAGUGGCUGGAAAAGGCAACAAUAGAGGAAGAAUAUAUAUUAAUGGCAGAACCAGAUCAUAUAUUUGUUAAUCCGCUUCCUAAUUUAUCUGAUGGAGGUUAUCCAGCUGCCUUUCCAUUUUUCUACAUCAAACCUACUCAAAAUGAAAAAGUUUUGAGAAAGUUUUUCCCCGAGGAAUAUGGUCCCGUAACCAAAGUCGAUCCAAUCGGCAACUCCCCUGUGAUUAUCAGGAAGGAUUUGCUGGAAAAGAUUGCUCCUACCUGGAUGAAUAUUUCAUUGAAGAUGAAAGACGAUCCCGAGGCGGAUAAAGCUUUCGGAUGGGUGCUAGAAAUGUAUGCAUAUGCGAUUGCUUCGGCUUUGCACGGCGUGCAGCAUGUUCUUCGGAAAGAUUUUAUGUUGCAGCCACCAUGGGACAUGGACAUUGGUAAAAAGUUCAUUAUACAUUAUACUUAUGGAUGUGACUACAACUUAAAGGGGGAGUUGACUUAUGGUAAAAUGGGUGAAUGGCGGUUCGACAAGAGGUCGCAUUUACGCGGACCUCUUCCGAGAAACUUACCUUUACCCCCUCGAGGAGUUCCUGAAAGUGUGGUAACCUUGGUAAAGAUGGUGAAUGAAGCAACUGCAAACAUUCCCAACUGGGAGGCAACAUAGUUAUAUAAAUGGUCAUAUUUCUCUUGUUUUAAGCCUUCGUUUUUAAAAAGCCGUUGAAUUAGUGGAUUAUUUAUUUAUUUAUUUAUUUAUUUAUUUUGGGGCAACUUGGAAAUUGAAAAAGUCAACCAAACCAAAUGGAUUUAGUUGCCUUGAUUGCUUUGACCAUCA